GUCUUCUCCACUUUACUAUAAAAAUAAAGAGUGAUUUAAAGGAGUAAUAGGGACAGUAGUUAUAUAAAUACUUGUCAAGUGUUCCUGUUUAUGAUUUACUUUUACUUUAUUCUAUAUCCACUACUUCAAAGCCAUCAUUACUACUUCAAAGCCAACUCGCCUGCUUUGAAUCCAUCUAUACUGCUUCAAAGCUAUCUCUACCCGUUCGAAGUGCUCCAACAAUGAAGCUCUCCCUACUUAUAGCUGCUGUUUAUGCCGUUGCCAACGUUCAGGCUACUUGCUAUUGUUACGACUGGACUGUUAGCAACAGACCUCCUUAUAAAACAAUCCCAGUGAGAGACAAUGAGGCUACUAGAUAUGCUUGUCAGCACUGGGGGUAUGAUCCCGUCUCGGGCAAUGGCGGAUUGGUUUGUAACUCAGCCACGUCGCUAUCCCUGGCGAAUUGGAGAGCGGCUUGCUCUAAAUAUGGAGCAAGGGGCGGAGUCUGCUAAUGUCUCAGUCUUUACAAUCAAAAUAUUGGAGGCCAGUAUGAGGCUACGUAUAUAGGCAACUAGAAUUUAUGAAGAACGGCAAUUGAAGAGCUAAUAGAAAACGGUGGCUAAUAGAAAUAGAGGGCUAGUAGGAACAGGAG